AUGGCAAAGUUAUGUAUAAUGUUUCUUCUUGCCCUUGUUGUAGCUCAGGCAACAGCAAGAGUUGUGCCUGUUGACAAGGGUCUGAAUGAGCAAAAGAACAUCCCCACGUUCGGUGGCAUUGGUGGUGGUGGUUUGGGGACUGGAGUAGGUACAGGUGGCGGUCUUGGCAUUGGCGUUGGUGUACUCGGUGGUCUUGGGGGCGUAAUUGGAACAGGUGGACUUGGUGGUGUUGGUGAUGAUGGUGGCCUUGGCGGUGGAAUUGGUAAUGGCUUAGGUGGAGGUGAUGGCAGUGUCGCCGGAGCCUUACCGUACCCUUGA